AGCCCUUUGAACCCCUUUGGAAGGCGAAGAAUCUUCUCGAAGCGCCUCACACUCUCUCACUAUAAACCCAGCAAUCUCUCACCACACCAAAAGCCCUAAUUCCAAACCCAACCCACUCUAAAGCAUCCAUUUUCAGAGCAUCAUCCAUUUUCAGAGCAUCAUCCAUCAUCCGUUACCGCACAGAAGCAGGCUAUCAAAAUCUCUGAGCAUAAAUGGCUUCAGCAAAUGCCAUCUCCACUGCCUCCAUCCUCGCUUCUCCUUCCAGCCAAGGAGGUUUGAGGAACAGGAAGACCGGCCAAUUCCAGGGAAGGAGGAAUUUCAGUCCCAAGCCCUCCAAGGGCCGGUUUGCGGUGAGGGCUAAUGCCAAGGAAAUAGCAUUUGACCAGCAAUCCAGGUCUGCCCUUCAAGCUGGGAUCGAUAAGCUUGCCGAUGCGGUUGGCCUCACUCUUGGACCAAGGGGGAGGAAUGUUGUGCUUGAUGAAUAUGGAACUCCAAAAGUUGUCAAUGAUGGGGUUACAAUUGCCCGAGCUAUUGAGCUUGCUGAUGCUAUGGAAAAUGCCGGUGCUGCACUCAUUAGAGAGGUUGCAAGCAAAACCAAUGAUUCUGCUGGUGAUGGGACAACAACUGCAUCUGUCAUUGCUCGUGAAAUGAUCAAACUUGGUCUGUUGAGUGUUACAUCUGGUGCAAACCCUGUAUCCAUAAAGAAGGGCAUUGAGAAAACUGUAAAUGGGUUGGUGGAAGAGCUUGAAAAUAAAGCCCGACCAGUAAAGGGUCGAGAUGAUAUUAAAGCCAUUGCUUCAAUCUCUGCUGGAAAUGAUGAGGUCAUUGGCACCAUGAUUGCGGAUGCUAUUGAUAAAGUUGGUCCGGAUGGUGUAUUGUCAAUUGAGUCAUCUUCCUCUUUUGAAACUACAGUCCAUGUAGAAGAGGGAAUGGAGAUUGAUAGAGGAUAUGUAUCCCCUCAGUUUGUCACUAACCCUGAGAAAUUGAUUGUUGAGUUUGAGAAUGCCAGAGUUCUAGUCACUGAUCAAAAAAUUUCUGCCAUCAAAGACAUUAUCCCAUUGUUGGAGAAAACAACACAAUUAAGAGCCCCACUUCUCAUUAUUGCUGAAGAUGUGAGUGGGGAGGCCUUGGCUACUCUUGUUGUCAACAAGCUGAGAGGCAUUCUGAAUGUCGCUGCCAUUAAAGCACCAGGUUUUGGUGAGAGGAGAAAGGCACUUCUUCAAGAUAUUGCCAUUGUGACAGGGGCGGAGUACCAAGCAAGUGAUUUGGGACUGCUUGUAGAAAACACUCAGGUUGAAGCACUGGGCAUUGCCCGAAAAGUGACCAUAACUAAGGACUCAACAACCAUCAUUGCUGAUGCUGCUUCUAAGGAUGAAAUUCAGUCACGGAUUGCUCAGCUAAAAAAUGAAUUGCUUGAAACAGAUUCAGUUUAUGAUUCGGAAAAGCUUGCUGAGAGAAUUGCCAAAUUGUCUGGAGGUGUUGCUGUAAUAAAAGUUGGUGCAGCAACUGAGGCCGAGCUUGAGGACCGCAAGCUCCGCAUUGAGGAUGCUAAAAAUGCAACUUUUGCAGCUAUUGAGGAGGGAAUUGUCCCUGGUGGUGGUGCUGCUCUGGUUCAUCUAUCAUCUCACGUUCCUGCAAUAAAGGACAAGUUUGAGGAUGCUGAGGAGAAAUUGGGUGCUGACAUUGUGCAAAAGGCACUAUUGGCACCGGCAUCUUUGAUAGCCCAAAAUGCUGGGAUAGAGGGGGAGGUUGUUGUGGAAAAGCUGAAGGACAGCGAAUGGGAGAUGGGAUACAACGCGAUGACAGACAAGUACGAGAACCUAGUGGACGCAGGGGUCAUUGACCCAGCCAAGGUGACCCGAUGUGCUUUGCAGAAUGCUGCUUCUGUGGCAGGUAUGGUUCUGACCACACAAGCCAUUGUCGUGGAGAAACGCAAGCCCAAGACACCCGUGCCCGGAGCUCCUCAGGGGCUUGCUGUCUAAUGAAAGAAGAGAUCAUUGGCAGCCGGAGCAUAUGCCUGUAGUAGGAAUUUUUCGGCCAAAUGUACUAUGAUUGUAAGCUGGAGCGGAAAAUUGAGUGAGUCGCAGAGAAUUAAACGUCCGUUGAAACAUGGAUUUCAUUGCUUCAAAGCUUUUUUUCUAGACUGCAUUAUAACUUAUAAGGCAAUAAAGUUUUUUUCAUCUUAUUUUAUGCAUUUGGACUAUUUUGUCACUUGUUCAGCUAAGUAGGUUUUCACUUCAGUGUUCUGGAGUAACUUCUUUUGCUUAGAGACAGAACACUACUAUGCUAAAAGUAUCUGGGGUA